GUGACAACGGUGACAACAGUGACAACAGUGACAACAGCGACAACAGUGACAACGGUGACAACAGCAAUAAAAGUGUCCAUAACGACAACAGUUUCAACAACAACAACAACAGUGACAACCGUGACAACAGCGAGAACGGUGACGCCAGUGACAACAAUGACAACCAUGACAACAGUGAAGGUAGCUACAACGGUGACAACAGUGACAUAGGCGACAACGGCGCCAAUAGUCACAACGGUGACAUCGGCCACAACAGCGACAACAGUGACUAAAGCAAGAAUAGUGACACAGCAGCAACGCUGAGAAAAGCAACAAAAGUGACAACAGUGACAACGGUGACAAUAGCGUCAACAGUGACAACGGUGACAACAGCGACAACUGUGACACCAGGAAUAAAAGUGGCAAAAGCGACAACGGUUACAACAGCAACAAUAGAGACAACACUGACAACCGAGACAACAGCGUAAAAAGUGAAAACAGUGACAACUGUGACAACAUCGACAACAGUGACAACAGCGACAGCAGUGACAAUAGUGACAACGGUGACAACAGCAAAAACUGCGACAACUCUGACAAGAGCGACAACAAUGACAACAGUGUCAAAAGUGACAACAGCAACAACUGUGACAACCGUGACAACCGUGACAACAGUGACAACAGCGACAAUACUGACAACGGUUUUAACAGCGACAACAGUGACAACUGCGACAAUAGUGUCAACAGUGACAACAACGACAACUGUGACAAAAGCAACAACUGUGACAACAGCGACAACGGCCACAAUGGCAACAAC